AUGGGGCCCACUGGCCAAGCUGACCUAGAUGGUGGGCCUAGCGAGCCCGAUUGGGACCAAUUGGUUAAGAGUUGCCUUUGGGAAAUAAAGGUGUCUUCGGACAACUCAGUUGCCUUCGAAAAGCUCUACGCACGUAUGACAUUACCCCACGAGUAUCGGGGAUGCUCGGAUCAUGUGGUUGACCAUUUGUCCCUAAAUUCUUCUAAGAUGUGCCACACAUGUGGAGAUAUUCUUUGCCACCCUGCUUAUGUUAUCUGCACAGGGUUGGCCAAGAGCCCCAGCCACUUGUUCAGUAAGGGGGGCGCUGAAGCUCGUUGA